UCAACUCGUUUUAGGGAGUUUAGCUUUGUUAAACUUUAAAGAAAAAUACAUUCCAACGCCCAAAAAUGAUAGCUUUGCCAGAUUCAGAUAGCGAGGAUGAGCUGCCACCAGGCUGGGAAGAACGUGCCACCGACGAUGGAACCGUUUGCUAUGUCAACCAACAAAGUAAGACUUCCCAAUGGACACACCCACGUACCGGGCGCUCUAAAAGAAUCACCGGUGAACUUCCUAUUGGAUGGGAAAAGUAUUACGACGAUCAGAGUCGCCGGUUUAUGUUUCUCAAUAAGACAACGCAGCAAAGAACGAAUGUGGAUCCCCGGCUAGCUUUUGCUGUUGAAGAGCCCACGCAGGAUGUGACCCGGGUACGUCAAAGGUUUGACUCUUGCUCCACGGCGCUUCAAGUCCUUCACGGCAAGGAUUUGCACGGCCGCAUUGCCCUCAUAACCGGUGCUAAUUGUGGGAUUGGUUUCGAAACGGCUCGAUCGCUGGCCCAACAUGGGUGCGAGAUAAUCUUGGCCUGUAGGAACAAUAACUCGGCUGAGGCAGCCAUCGAUAGGAUUGCCCAGGAGCGACCAGCAGCCCGUUCUCGAUGUCGUUUUGUGGCUUUGGACUUGAGUUCCUUGCACUCAGUGAAGCAAUUUGUUGCGGAGAUCAAAGAGAGUGUGAGUCACAUUGAUUAUCUAAUUCUAAAUGCGGGUGUUUUCGCCUUGCCUUAUACGAAAACCGAAGAUGGUCUGGAAACCACAUUCCAGGUCUCUCACCUGUCGCAUUUCUACCUGACAUUGCAACUGGAGACUUUAUUUGAUUACAAAACACGGAUUGUGGUGUUGUCAUCCGAGUCACAUAGAUUCGCCAAUCUUCCUGUGGAGAAUCUAGCAGUGCAUCAUCUGUCCCCGCCACCAGAGAAGUACUGGAGCAUGAUGGCCUACAAUAAUGCCAAAUUGUGCAAUGUCUUAUUUGCCCAGGAAUUAGCUCAGCGCUGGAAACAGCGAGGGAUUUCUGUGUUCAGCGUGCAUCCUGGCAAUAUGGUAUCCACUGAUCUCUCGCGUAACUAUUGGUUCUACAGGGUACUAUUUGCCAUAGUUCGACCCUUUACGAAGUCUUUGCAACAAGCGGCUGCUACCAGCAUUUACUGCGCCACUGCCAAUGAACUGACGGGCCUGUCUGGACUGUACUUUAAUAAUUGUUUCUUUUGCGAGCCCAGCAAGUUGUCGAAAAGCCCUUCAUUGCAGCGACAGCUUUGGGAAAUCAGUGAAAACCUCAUUAAAGAGUUAGUUGAAUAAGAACUUUAUAUUUUGUAUUCCAUGUAUU